AUGGGCCUCGCCAAAGUCUUUGUGCCACUGUACAUAUACCCUAGCCCCGGGGCAUGGUCUCCGUUAGAAGAUGUGAUUUCAACCCACCCAAAUCUCAAUUUUACAAUUGUAAUCAAUCCUGGUAACGGCCCAGGACCCGACGAUUUGCCCGACAGCCAUUACACUCGCGCAAUCCCGAGACUUGCUUCGUACGCCAAUGUACGGCUUCUAGGAUAUGUGCACACCUCUUAUACAACCCGUAACGCAGCCGCAGUCUACCGGGAUAUCAAAACCUAUGCUGAAUGGCCGAACAAAUCUGGGAACCCCGAUUUGGCCGUUCGGGGUAUAUUCUUCGAUGAGACACCGCAGCAAUACAGUGUCCACUCUUUGGCUUAUUUGCAAAAUCUGACCCAACUUACCAAGGAUCUAAAGGCCCUUGGCUCAAAUCCAUAUUAUCAAGAACUGCAGAAAGCUAAUGCAAGUGUCAUUGAUCAGGUCGUCCAUAACCCAGGGGCCGUACCGGACUCCCGGUAUCUGGCUACUGCAGACUCGACCGUCGUGUUCGAGGAGACUUAUGGCACCUUCCAGGAGCGGCAUCGGGCUAAUAUGCUGAUGCCACUCGGGGACAAAGAUCGCUCUCAGCGCGCUGCCUUGAUCCACUCCGUGCCGGAUAGCGUGGAGGGUUCGGAACUGCGCCAUCUGGUUAAGACGGUCCGCAUGGUAGCCGAUGAGGUUUUCAUCACCCACCUUAGCACCGAUUACUAUGCUAGCUUUGGGUCGAAGUGGGCCGAGUUUGUCGAUCUGAUUUAG